AUGUCGCGCACGCGAGGUCAUGUAUUUGUACGCUCGUCUGUGUCAUCUACUGUUCGCGAUGAACCAUCAACAUCUCGGUCUUGUGAUAGGCCAUUGCUGACUAAUAAUAAUGAUGAACCGUCAUCUAGAAAUCGUGAAGUACCAUCAUCGAGUGGAAAUCAUGAAGAGUCAUCAUCGAGCAGAAAUCGUGAAGAGUCUGCAUCGUGGAGAAAUCGUGAAGAGCCAUCAUCGAGUAGACAUCGCAAAGAGUCUUCACGGAGCAGAAAUCGUGAAGAGUCAUCAUCGAGCAGAAAUCGUGAUGAAGCACCAUCAUCUAAGAAACAUAAUGUACAUCCUGAUAAGGCUUCAUCAUCCAAGAAAUAUGAUGAAUCAUCAUCGUCUAGGAAUCACAAUAGACCUUCAUCGUCUAAAAAUGCUCCGCCCUCGUCGACUAGUAGUCGUGUUCGACCGAUAUCUUCUACGAACCGUUAUGAGACUUCGUCUGUGUGUCGGAGUACUUCUCAUAGACGUCGUAACCAUUCACCAUCUUCAUCGAGAAGUCGCGGUCAUUUAUCAAGAUCUAGGAAUCGCGAUAAACACUCUUCGUCUAAGAGACGCGAUUCAUCUCCGCCUAGAAGUUGGGAUUUGCCGUCAUCUUCUAGGAGACGUAGAGACUCGCAUAAUUCACAGUGGCGCAGCGGCGACUACUCCGUCAUCCCGGAGCCGCGCCUCACGCCGCGCCCCAGCUACUGGCACCAGGCGGGCAACGAGCCGCUCACGGGCAAGACCCUGGGCCAGCUGGCCGAAGACGCGGCCAGGCUGUGGCCUCAGCGCGAGGCGGUCGUCUCCAUGCAUCAGGGCCUGCGCCUCACGUUCCAGGACACGCUCAAACAGGCCGAUAAAUUGGCUGCUGGACUCAGGGGGCUGGGUAUGCAACCUGGUGACAGGCUUGGCCUAUGUGGACCCAAUUCAGUUGAAUGGUAUAUCACCAACCUUGCAGCUGCCAGAGCAGGUCUAAUUCUUGUAAAUAUAAACCCUGCAUAUCAAGUAGCUGAACUUGAGUAUUGCCUAUCAAAAGUGGGUGUGAAGGCCUUGGUAGUGCCAGAGACAUUCAAAAGUCAAAAUUAUCACAAGAUGCUUCAAGCUAUUGCACCAGAAUUGGCAUCAUGUCAACCAGGGAAGCUUCAGAACGACCGAAUACCUACCCUGAAAUCUAUUAUUACUAUCAGUGAUAAAGAAUUGCCGGGAAGCUUCAAAUUCAAAAAUUUGUUCAAAUCUAUCAACCCAGACGAUCUUUCAGAGGUACAUCAGUUACAAUACAAGAUUCAACCUGAUGCUGGAUGCAAUUUACAAUUUACCUCAGGCACAACUGGUCUGCCAAAAGGCACCCUUCUCAGCCAUCACAAUGUUGUAAAUAAUGCGUACUUCGCAGCAAAGCGCUUAGGCUUUCAUCAUAAGCAUCAUCGAAUAUGCUUGCAAGUUCCUUUAUUUCAUUGCUUUGGAAAUGUUUUGGGAAUUAUUAUGGCCUUACAUGCCGGAAGCACAUUAGUGCUACCUUCAUACUCAUUCCGUGCAGAAGACUCAGUCAAUGCUAUUGCAAAGGAAAGCCAUGGCACAAUCAGCCGGGUCCUAAGCCGCAGCUACUUUACUGUUCCGUGUUUUCCCGUUCAAGAUGCAACACAGUCAAGUACGGAGCUCACAGGUCGGAAUCUGUUUGGGCUGAGUGAAGCAGGACAGAUUGGAGCAGCAUCUGAAUGUAUAGAGCCAAAUGUUGUGGGUUCAAAUUCCACAGAUGACAUUGGUGUUUUAUCUAUUUGUUCAUUGGCUUCUCAUAUCACCAUUAAUUCACCUGAACCAUCAUCAUUUAGUAGAAGCUGCACGAUAAUAUAUGGAACACCAACAAUGUACAUUGAUAUCAUGGCCAAGUGUCAAGACUCACCUGCCUCGUUAUCUUCUCUGGAGUUUGCUAUUACAGCUGGAUCACCCUCGCCUCCCAAUUUGUUCUAUAAAAUCGCAAACACACUUGGAUUGAAGAAAUGUUAUUCGGUGUACGGUAUGACUGAAACCAGUCCUUUAAGUUUUGUUCCUGAUUAUGAUGAUCCUUUGGAACAGUGUGCCAAAAGUGUUGGAAGAGUUAUGGAUCAUUGUGAGGUGAAGGUUGUUGAUUUGGACAAUAAGAUGGUGCCAAUGGGGACACCUGGUGAAUUGCUAGUACGAGGCUAUGGCAAUAUGCUAUGUUACUACAAUGAUGUUGACAAAACACAAGAGAUAGUAGGACCAGAUCGUUGGCUGAGAACUGGAGAUCAAUUUAUUCUUCAUGAAAGUGGGUAUGGUGAAGUUGUAGGACGUAUUAAAGAUAUGAUAAUUAGAGGUGGAGAAAAUAUCUUUCCAAAGGAAAUAGAAGAUUUUCUUAUUACACACGGAGAUAUUGUAGAUGCACAGAUUAUUGGUAUCCCUGAUGAGCGUUAUGGUGAAGAAAUAUGUGCUUGUGUUCGUUUGAAGCCUGGCAGCCAGUUAUCUGAAGAAGACCUAAAAGGCUUUUGCAAAGGAAAGAUUGCCCAUUUCAAGAUUCCUAAGUAUGUUAAAUUCAUGAAUGAUUAUCCUAGAACACAGUCUGGGAAGGUACAAAAAUAUAAGUUACGUGAUAUGAUCUUGUCACGAGGAAUAAAUUCAUUAUAAGUUUGUCCAAAGUAUUUGUAGUUUUAAACAUAUGAAAUGUAAAAUUUUCUGCUGUUUUUAUGUUCUAUUCAUGUUAAAAAUAAUUUCAUAAUUUCUUAGGAUAUUAAAAGAAAUCAAAUUUGCUCAAGAAGACAAGGGUUAAAAAUAAAAUUUCCCAGAUAAGAGUUAUCAUCACUUCUGAAUUAUUUUCUGUGGAGAUUUGAUGAAUGUUUUCUUGUGGGUUCCUACUCAUGGAUAGAAAUGGUGCUAUGAAAUAUUUCUUGGUGUUGUGAGACAAUGCAUUGCAAACAAUAUUAUAUAACCAUAUAAUUUCUUUUAUAUGGAAGAUCUUUCAUAUAGUGUGUGUAUUUUAAAAUACUUUCCCAGUCCUUUGACUGGUAGCAGUAUUACCUAUUUUUAUUAUUUAACCUUUUUGUGUAUAUGUCCACAUUCAGUUUCCAAAUGUUAUGUGAAAGUUUGCUAUGUCUCAAUAAUGUAUGUAUUUAAUAAAUGAUGAAGAAUUGUUUAUAGCAGGCGCCAUGAUUUUACAAUUUAGUUGGCAUCUUAGGACAUUGAUAAAUUACAUUUUUAAUGUUUCUAUAAAAUGUAAAUUCUUAACUAUUUUAUGUGGUAUCCUUUCGUAUUUAUUAUUGAACUACAGCUGACUAUGAAUUUAUAGCACCUAAUUUGUUGUCAAAUUUUCAAAAAAUAGAAAUAUUAUAAUAAAAACAAAUUCUUUAAUAUUUGAAGAAAAUUUUUUUUAAUAUUUCCUCUGCCAAUGAAAUGUAAUUGAUACUGCAUUUUGCAUUCAUUACAUAACAUUGCUAGCAUUGAAAUUAGAGAACAUGAUAUUUUGAUAAACAUUUUUAAUGUAUAAUAAGAAUCUUUUAUUUUUACAAAUAAUUAUUGAUUUAUUAAAAAAAGAAGCAAAUAUUUUUAUACCAUUCUAUUCAAAGACAGCCUAGAGUUUGAGAAACACUUGCCAUUACAGCUGAUAUGAAAAAGUUUAGUCCUCUUACAUUUGUGGGAGAAAACACCUAUUAAUGACAAUAUGCAUGGAUUUUUCCAUGUCCAGUAAAUAAUGAACAUGGAUCAGUUCAGUAAGUAGAAUGUCCAAGAAAAGAUCUUAAUGUAGCCUGCAAAUACAUGUAAUUUUAAAAUUUCAUUGUGUUUGUACAUAUGUUUAUGUAUCUAAGUUGUAGGGGCUACAUGUUUACACUUAUAAAUUUAAAAAUAUAUCUUGUUGUUUAUUUUAUAAAGUAUAGUAUCCCUUAUUUACUCUGUACUACAUAUCACCUUUAUAAUUACUCUGUAAAGAAAUUCUCUUUUCAUACUUUUUAAUAAACUAUUAAAUUAUAUAAAACCGUGUAUCAAUAUUACUUGUACAAUUGUUUGUAAUAAAGGAGUUGAAUGACCAGUUUAU